CAACAAACUUAUCAUUCUUGAAAACGAUAGUUUACUAUAGAAAUGAUUGUAUAUAGUAAUUUGAUGGAUAUUUUUGUUAUUUAAAAUACGACGCAGCUUUGGUUUCCUAUAUUUUAUUUAUUAUUUAUUUCUUUGAAAGGUGUUCGAGUGGGGGGGCAUUUUACACAAAUUAAACAUGGUACUGUGCUUCGCCCUAUAAGCAUCCAAGAAGCAUUGUGCUUCCCAAUCAAUUGGUACAGUCAAGCAGCAGCAGCAGCAGCCAGCGUGAGAGUGGAGACCUUCAGUCUCGCUUUAUUUCUGGAUAUUGGGGGACCUCUCUACCAUGUCAUAUCCACAAUUUGGCUAUCCAUAUUCGUCUGCUCCACAAUUCCUAAUGACAAGCAACUCCCUAACCACUUGCUGCGAGUCUACCGGUAGAUCCAUCGCCGACUCCGGAGUGGCUGCGUCCGGGCAGACGCCCGUCUACUGUCCGGUGUACGAGAGCAGACUCCUGGCGACGGCCAGACAUGAGCUCAGUUCGGCCGCCGCUCUGGGGAUGUAUGGGAGCCCCUACACGGGAACUCAAGGAUACGGCAACUACGUUACAUAUGGAACGGACGCCUCCGCUUUCUACUCGCUGGGUACAUUCGAUACAAAAGAUGGCACAGCCUCUGCACAUGCAGGAAUAACCCAAGCGACGGCCUACUACCCCUAUGAUCCGACCUUGGGGCAAUAUCAGUAUGACAGAUAUGGUUCUAUGGAUGGAGGACCUAGGCGUAAGAAUGCUACUCGUGAGACAACUAGCACCCUGAAGGCCUGGCUACAGGAGCACAGGAAGAACCCUUAUCCAACCAAAGGUGAAAAGAUCAUGCUGGCCAUCAUCACCAAGAUGACCCUGACACAGGUGUCCACCUGGUUUGCCAACGCCAGGAGGAGGCUUAAAAAGGAGAACAAGAUGACAUGGCCACCAAGAAACAAGGGAUCAGAGGAGAAGCGAUUUGACGAGGAUGACGACUGUUCUCAGGAGGAGCAGAUAAAAAGUGAAAGUAAUGAAAAUGAUAGUCGAGGUCAAUCCAAUAAAGAUCUCCAGCUGAGCGACCUGGAAGAUUUUGACACUUUGGAAUCAGAGAGUUCGGAGUGUGAGUUGAAGCACAGAUACCACAUGAACCCUCACAUGACAACAACAGGUGACUGUCCCCCUGAGCACCUUAUCAAAGACGUAUCUAUGAAAAUGUCUGGUCCAGUUGCACUCGGGGGAGAGCAGGACUUGAGUAAAAGUUGCCUAAAAACAAACCAGGAGGAUUUCCAGGCGGAAAGAAUAGCGCAGCCAAAGUCAUGUUACAGCCAACAGCCGCAGCACCAUAUGCUAGAUGGCAAGCCUCGGAUCUGGUCUUUGGCCCAGACGGCGACCUCCUUGGUCCAGACUGAUUACCCUUCCUGUAUGCUGAGGUGUCAAGUCCCCCCCUCCUCCUCCCUCAGCCCACCCCCUGUCGCUACCUCACCCACUUCAGGCUUGGACCACAGGCAGGACUCACCUGUCACCACACUGAGAAACUGGGUGGAUGGGGUUUUCCACGACCCCUUGUUCAGGCAUAGCACUUUGAGCCAGGCCCUGACCCACACCACCGUAUCCUGGAGUAGCACCACCAAAGGCUCCAUCUUAGAGGCUGAGAAGAGUCCAGGGGUCCCACUGCAUGACCAGGAAUCACCCAAAGACAGUGCCAUGAGUUUCAAAACUGUUAACAAACUAUUUUGUUCUUAAUAACACCCAAACAAAUUAUUUAUUUUGAAAAAGGACAACAACAAAAAACUUGGGCUGGAUGCUACAUGUCGCCUUUUGCUGGUAAAUUCUUUAACACGUGAACUACUCCAACUGAUCUCAUUUUUAUUUUUUUUUUACGCACGCACACAAAUUAUCGAACUGUAUAAUAUGUUUACAACUUGGGAAAAUGCCUUGAGGUUUACAGUAUUUAUUUUACUUUCGUCCCUGUACGCAUGCAUAUAUAAUUAAAAUAAUUUGGAGAAUCACUGUUAAAUGAUAAUUAAAAAAAAAAAA